UUGCACUUUUUGAUAGUUUGGUUGAUGAUUUAGUGUCAGUUUACAUAAUAUGUAAUAUAUAUCAUAAAAAUGUCUAAAUCUGCAACUAAGCUUGCCUGUGUUAACGAUUAUGAAGAUUACGCCAGGAAGCAUUUAUCAACUAUGUAUUUUGAUUACUUUUAUGAUGGAGCAGGCCAAGGGAAGACUUUGGAAUGGAACAAAACAGGUUUUAACAUAUACCGGAUCAGACCGAAAUAUAUGCGACCAGUAAUUAACAGAAAUUUAUCCACAACUAUCUUGGGCAAGCCUGUGUCAUUUCCCAUAGGAAUAUCUCCUACAGCUUAUCAUAAAUUAGCACAUCGAGAUGGGGAGCCUGCUACCGCUAAAGCUGCUCAAGAUUUAGAAACAAUCUUCAUAUUGAGUUCUCAUUCUAAUUCUACCUUUGAAGAGGUGUCAAAUGCUGCACCCCACGGAAGAAAGUGGUUACAACUGUACAUAUUUCACAGCAGGGAAAUGACCAAAGACUUGGUCAAAUCAGCAGAAGAAAACGGAUUCGAAGCGUUGGUUCUAACCGUUGAUUUUACACUGUUUGGCAUACGUCGACAUCUCAUAAGGACUGAAUUUAUAAUGCCACCUUAUUCGCAGUCUAUACUUCUUAAAAAGUAUAUUGAUAACAAUAUCAUAUCAAACUAUGUUGACCUUGGUGAUCUACAAGCCGACUGGAGUUAUAUUACGUGGUUAAAAACUGUUACCAAACUACCAAUCGUAGUAAAAGGUGUAUUAACAGCAGAGGAUGCUAUCGCAGCAGUAGAUGCUGGAGCUUCUGCCAUUUUCGUAUCUAACCACGGUGCCAGACAACUAGAUUCUGUUCCCUCAACGAUAGAAGCAUUACCUGAGGUAGUAAAAGCAGUUGGGCAUAUAACUGAAGUAUACAUGGACGGUGGAAUCAGAGAUGGCACUGAUGUAUAUAAAGCUUUAGCUCUGGGAGCUAGAAUGGUAUUUGUUGGCAGACCAGUAGUAUGGGGUUUAUUUCAUGAUGGAGAACAGGGCGUCAAGAACAUUUUGAAAAUGCUUAAGGAAGAACUAGAUAAUGCAAUGGGUAUUUCAGGGUGUUCAAAACUAACCGAUGUAAAUCAGGAUAGAGUGGUCCACAAAAACUACUACGCAAAAUUAUGAGAAUAUUCGGCGUUUUUGAAAAAAUAUUUAAUAUCUGCAUUAUAGUACACAUACAAACCUUAUCAAUCUUGAGUGGAUCUUGAAUGUAUCUUAAAAAAUAUUAUCUGAAUUUUAUGAAAAAAUAUUUUAUUAAGUUUUAAACUUCAUUUUAUAAUUAUACUACGUUUAUAUUUUUUACAUAUUAAACUAUAUUUUGUUAUAAA